AUGGCGUUGACCUCUCGCAUCGCCUUAACCGGUGCCCCUGCCGAGGACCCAGAGGACUUCUUCGGCUCCUCGCUGGGCGUCAUCUUCCCGGAUGAUGUGAUGAACCAACAUGGCGAUGCCGAACACGGGCUCCUAUACAAGUCCCCCCAUCUGCCCAAGCCCCUGCACAUCACCCUGGCAGACCCGGUGGCCGACGCCGACCGCAAGCUCUUCAGCCACUACCUCUGGAACUCCUCGCUGCUGCUGGCCGAGUUUGUCGAGUCCGGCACCUUGGGGCUGGGCCCGGAGCAAGGCGGCGUCGAGAGCCCCCUCGGCCCGCCCCUGUCCUCCUUCAGCGUCAAGGGCCGCUCCGUCCUCGAGCUCGGCGCCGGCACCGCCCUGCCCUCGCUGCUCUCCGCCCUCCUCGGCGCGGACCGUGCCCUCCUGACCGACUACCCGGCCCCCGUCGUCAUCUCAAACCUCACCGCCAACGCCGCGCGCAACUCCCGCUCCGACAUGUCGCCCUCCGCCGCCGUCGCGCCCGUCGAGGUCGAGGGCCACGCGUGGGGCCAGCUGGACACCCCGCUCGCCCAGAGGGGCCGCCACGCCUUUGACCGCGUGUUUGUGUGCGACUGCCUCUGGAUGCCCUGGGAGCACGAGAACCUGCUCAGGUCCAUCGAGUGGUUCCUGGCCGACUCGGCUGACGCGAGGGUCUGGGUCGUUGCCGGGUUCCACACGGGCCGGGACAAGUUGAGGGGGUUCUUUGACGGCGAGCGCGUGGCCGGCCUGGGGCUCGAGGUUGAGAGCAUCUGGGAGAGGGACUGUGACGGUCUUGAGAGGGAGUGGGUCCUGGACAGGGGCAUCGAGGACCCUGUCGGCCGGAAGAGGUGGCUUGUCUUUGCUGUGCUGAAGAGGGCUGCGCCUUGA